AUGCGGAGAGAGCCUGCUAGUGCAGCGGCCUGUGCCUGUGAGCUGCAUUCUCUACCACCCUCACCCCUCCAUCCUCCACCGCCCUGUCGCACUGCCUCCCCCCCUGCCACACAUGGGGGUGCGGAAGCUCAUCCUGGCCUCGUGCACGAGGCUGCCGUGCCCUUGGUGGUGGUGCAACUUAUCGUGGAGCGCAGGAGGAUGGUGGUAGUGCAGCUCAUAUGGGCGCGCAGGAGGGUGAGCGUGCUCGUGAGGGACGCCAAGGAGGCCACUGUUGGAUUCCAACCCUACGUGCAGGUCAGUCUGGUCAGUGACUCGGUGGCGGACCAAUCAGCAGUGAGAGCGGCGCUCAGAGGCACUCAAGCAGUCAUCGUGACGGGCAGGCAGCACAUGCUCAACAACGCCCAUAGCCGCAUCACUCCCACUUCCUUCUCUACCCCGCCCCCUUCGUUCACUUCAAUUCCUCUUCUGAACCCAAUUCCACCGACACCACGCCUCCCCUCCUCUCUUACCUGCUGUUCAGCUUUCUUCCUCUGUAGCUCGGACCCCGAUCCCCGUCCCGCCUCCUUCCUUUCCCUCAUCCCCCACCAUCCUCACAGUGCUCUCUUGCUUAGAUAG